CUGCUAGAUAGCGCCACUGGUAAUAAAACCAGUGUCAGAGCUAGCAACAGCUUGACGUCUCUAAACAUGUUGGAAAAAUCAUCUGUCACGGAUAAUAAUCAAUUGUCCAAAGAAGAUUACUUAAUUAUGCGUGCAAAGGAUGCACUGCCACUGGACAUUUACGCUGCCAAAUCUUGGUUAAUUACAGCGAAAUCGUUGUUUCCUCAUAGCGCAAAAGUUCAGUUCGAAGCAUAUCGAAUCGAGAAGCUUUCGAAAAACGUGAAGGAGGCGGCAAAAUGUUUCAGCGAAAUAUUUCAGAAUUUUCCGGACGAUCGAGAUAUAUGGAAGGAAAUAGAAACGGUGACGGCGUGCCUUCGUUUAGAACAAUGCGACCCAGAAGCAGAAUUUUUAUGCCAAAUGUUUCAACAUAUACCACAAGAGCUUCAACACAGACUGCUUGUCAUGACUGCUGACCAUAGUGAAGAUACAAUGGAACAUUGCAAAUUAUUACUCCUACUACUACGUAGAUUUCCUCAGACUAUUGCCACUCAUGGACCACGGUUAGUAGAAACACUUCUCACUGCAGAAAAGCACAGUCAUCCUGGACGUACUGUGAAUGGAUUUAGAAGACUGUUGGCUUGUGAUGCAUUGCCAUUACUUGGCACUGCUCCAGUAGAAUUAAAUCCGCGACUCAGUCUGAGAUUGCUCUGCAAGGCAGUAGAAUUUUAUUUGGCAUACAUACAGCAACCUCAAGACAAUCAAAUUCAGCAUCCGUGGGACAGACUAUUUCAAGUUGUAGAAUUAAUUGGGAAAAAGUUAGGAUGGGAAUUGAGUAGUUUAUUCUCUUUGGUUUGGAACAGAGAUACCUACUGUGAAAGGCUGCAUCAGUAUGCAAUGGCACAUGCUUCAAAUUUAUGCGAAGAAUUAGUAGUUAGACAAUUAUUAAUGUGUACUGUUGUGGUUUUACUACGAAUAUUAAAUGAACACAAUGCACUUAUUAAUAAUGGUGAAACUAUGUUUUGUUUGAUAGAAGCAUUUGGGGAAUGUGUACAUUCGUCUGCAGUAGAACCAAAACUGAAAAAACGGAAAAGAGAUGACAAUGUCGGGAUUGCUGUAACGAGCGACGGUGAUUACAGCGGUAGUGGUCUGGGAUUAGCCGUGAAAUUAUGGGACCUGUUACACAGUAGCGAUUACUUGCAAAGAGAAAUCGGAAAAUUAAAUCAGCAACUUCGAUUAGAUGCUUGGUUAAACUCAUUUUUAACAGAUUUAGCUAUGUACAAAGGGUUACAUCACGAAGUACUAGCAAGGUUGUCACAAGAAGCAGGUAGUUUAUCUGCUCAUCUUCGUUUAGCAAGUACAUGUUUUUUCUUAAAAGAUUAUAAGGGUAUGUUAGAGUACAUAGUCUUAGUAGUUAGCGCGCUACCCACGGCAGGUGGGAAAAUAUCGCAUAAUUUGACAGUUCCCUGUGCAAGACAUUUACACUAUUUAACAAUUGCCCGAUUUCCCGUGGUACAGUAUUGUUGCAGAUUACUUCUUUCCGCCAUAAAGGAGAAUUUUUCUUUACCUGGCGGUGUCGGGGACUUGGCAAUAGGACAUGCGUUGGUACUAAUGCAAAUUGAUUGGCCUCAAGAAGCUAGUACUUUAUCCACAAUCACAGAAAGAAUUAUCAAUCGUGGUUCUUUUACUUAUCCAUUGUUUCAAGCUUACAUUAUAUGCGUGGAUAUUUUAGAGGAAUUGACGUAUCUGUGGACAGAACAUGGCGGCGGUGUGUCUUUGGAUAUAGCCACAGCAUCGGGGGUUUUACAAAUUAGACGCAUUACUACUCGCGGAGCUGACAAAGGAGUACGAGAAGAAGUGAAACAAGCGAUGCGUCGACAAGCAGCUCGUGACGGAAUCGAUCCCUUGGACGAAUUAUUGCAAAAGUUUAUUAUUAACGAAAAAGCUGCUAUUUUACACAGUUUGAUCAUCCAGUAAUAAUAUAAUUUUUUUAUUUAAAAAUAUACACACAAUUCCUUUGAAGCCAACUUUAAUAUUUUAUAUAUACAAUAUAUUAGUUAAAAGAAAAAAAUCGAUUAACAAUCUGUAUGGGAACGCUUCAGAUGCCCUCUGCUCCGAUAUUUCCAACUACUUUUUACAAGCUACUUACAUAAUGAAUUGUUUAGUUGUACAGGAAUAAUAAUAAUACAAGUCCAUCGAACUUUGAUAAGCCACAGUCAGAUAUAGAACAUGAAAUAACUCCAUAUUGCGUAUGACAUAAUUAAGCGAUAAAGUUCGUACACGAUUAUUUCUUUUUAUCCAAUAUUCCAAUGAAUGAAUACAACAUAAAUAUCUCAUUUAAUAAGGGUUAUAAAAGUCUCGAAUUAUAAAAAUAAAUGAACAGAAUAAACAUUCUAGGUAUA